CACUUCGUGAUAGGGUAAAAUUUUAAAAGCUGGGACAAAGGCAGUGGAAACCGACUUGAAUCUGUUUACAGUUUUCUUAAUUGUCAGGAUGAGUCCUGUCCUUUUGCUAUCUUUGUUACUUUCAGUUAUUCCACAGGCUGAGUUAGUCCCAGAGAAACCAAAGAGAUCUGCUCUGAACCAACUCACCAGGUUACUGCUUCGCAAAUAUAACUGUGGAGUCCGGCCUGUCCAGAACUGGACCAAACCAACUACCAUUUACAUUGACCUUAUAAUCAAAUCUGUCCUAGAUGUGGAUGGACAGACUCAGAAAGUGACCACCAGCAUUUGGUAUCGCCAAAUAUGGAACGAUGAGUUUCUUGUUUGGGAUCCUGAAGAGUUUGAUGGAAUCACUGAAAUAUCACUGUCCUCGGAUGCCAUCUGGGUGCCUGAUGUCAUCAUAAGUGAAUUCGUCGAUGUUGGCAAAUCCCCAGUCAUCCCAUAUGUUUAUGUCAACUGUUCAGGAACAGUAAAAAACUACAAACCCAUCCAGGUGGUCUCAGCCUGUCACCUGGAGAUGUAUGCCUUUCCCUUUGACAAGCAGAACUGCACUCUGACCUUUCGCAGCUGGCUCCACUCAGUGAAUGAAGUGGAUUUAGCUCUGUGGAGGCCUGUUGAGGAAAUCGCCAAUGAUACGAGAGAGUUCAUGAAUGAUGGUGAAUGGGAGCUGCUGUCUGUCCCUUCUCACUACUGGACACUGAAUCUAGAGGACAGAGACUACGCACAGAUUCAGUUUAAUGUGCUGAUCCGCAGGCGCCCCCUGCUGUACGUGGUAAGUCUGCUCAUCCCGAGCAUCUUCUUCAUGGUGGUGGAUGUCACCAGCUUCUAUCUGCCUCCGAACAGUGGCACUCGCAUCACUUUCAAGACCAGCAUUCUCUUGGGCUUCACUGUAAUCAGAGUCAAUCUGAUGGAUGAAAUCCCUGCUACCGCUAUUAAAACACCCCUCAUUGGGGUCUUCUUCGCUGUCUGCAUGGCACUGCUGGUGCUGAGUUUGGCAAUGUCCAUUUUCGUAGUGAAGCUUUUGCAUUACAGUGAGAAGGAAGUCAAGGAGAUGUCCAUGUCCGCUUGCUUACUAGACAAAUACGGCUCAAUGGAUCAGAGCUUUAUUGAGAGCGCUUUCACAUCGAUGAAGACACUGGAUGAUAUGGAGCAGUCCGAAGGCUUCGAGUUUGAUCUCUCUCCAGAGCCAGACCUGUUCUCUCUGACAGAAGUCUCAAACAAUGACUCUCCACUGGAGAAGAUCCUGCAGGAGGUGGUGUCUCUCAGACUGUAUCUUCAGGAGGAGGACAAUGAGGGCAGUUCACAGUCUUACUGGGUGGAACUGUGCCUGAAAGUGGACAAGCUCCUCUUCUGUGUGUACCUGCUAAUUAUGCUCAUCUAUGUCAUGACUCUACUGCUGCUCUGGGGUGUCUGGAGCUCUGCCUGA